GUACGUUUGGGAAAGCGGCGUGGCGUCCAACACAGGAUCACAGCGCCGUCAUCCUCCACGAGAACCCGUACGCAGCUCUACACGCAGAGGAGGAGCUCACACACACACCCUCACACACACACAGCAGUGUUUACGAGCAGCCCUUCGACAGCCGGACGAUAGACAGCAAUCCCACAACACCCCUGGGCUCCUAGCACUCGCUCGCUCCGCCAGAACCCCCUCUACCUCACAGAGAGCUGAAUGUAAAUGAGCAACGCUUGUACAGAGAAACCCCGUGUAUGGCUUUUUAUACAGAUCUAUAUUUUGUAAAUGAAUAGUGUAAAUAUGACUGCAGAGCGUCAGCGCUGUA